AUGACUCCUCCCCCGCGUGGACGGGGGACCCAGCGGAGUCCGACCGUCCUGGUCACCGACUCUCGCGACCAGCAGCCCGCGGCAACACCCCGUCGGCGCCGAUCGCCCGCAACCCGCUUCAUUACCGUCGACAACGUCCUCCAAUAUGCCUCCGACGUGCCCUCCGCCCAGCAGCGCCAUCCUAUGCCGGGGUCCCGGUCUCGACGAGACCGGCUCUCCUCCGCCACCGGCGGACUGAUUGGACAUGCAGGCGGGAGUAGUUCCGCCGCCGUGGCUAAUACGGCGCGACUUGCAGCGCAGCCGCGUCUUCCGCCGCGGACGACUAAAGUCAGCGAGAAGCUGGUGCUUCUCCCUGAUACGGGGGGCGUGGGUGAGCCGGAUGAAGAGGAGGACGAAGACGAGGAGGGGCGAGAGGGAGACGAGCUUGUGGACGAGGAGCUUGUUGCGCGGGUGGCGAAGGAUAGGAAUCUGGAUCCGGAGGCAGUUCGACACCUGCUGCUGGCGCAGAAGCGGCUGGGUGGGGACUUUGGCAUUGACAAUGACACUGCGCCGCUGUUGGCUGAGGAAGAGCUGCUGCGCAAGAGACGCAUUGCACCUCAGCGCGCCAAGAGCUACGCGGAGCGACUACCCAAGGCGCGGCGCGCGGAGAAGCUCGCCCGAGUGACGGCUUACUGCACCGCGCAGGCGUACAAGAUGAGCUCGGUUGCGGCAUUCGUCAAGGAGUGGCAUGGCGCAAGGACGAAGCUGUAUGAUGACUGUCUCUACACGGCGUACCAUCUGCCACUGCUUCCAGGCCACGAGGGCUAUCGGCUGCGCAGCAGCCCCGUGCUGAAAUAUCCUGGCGGCAAGUCCUUGCUGGACGAAGAAAUCGAGCGCAAUGAGCUGCGCGACCAUCACGACGAUUACAUGGUCGAGGCGGAGGAGCAUUCCGUUGGUGGGCAUAACCGGCAGGAAUACGAGCACGAGCACCAACAUGAUGAUGCGUCGCCGCGGGACUCGGAUGAACACGCGAGGGAGAACCAGAGCUUUCUGGAUCGGAUAUCUGAGGAAGGCGGUCGAUCUGAGGAGCAUGAGCAUGCGGUGGCUUCGGAUGAGAGCACUGCGUCGCAGAGUAUCCCGCCGUCAAGUCCUGAUGUGGAACCCAUCCCUCGUCCUCGCCGACACAGCACGGAUGAUACUCAUGCACUGCAUCGAGACCGUCCCUCACCACCUCUACCUUCACCUGCACCCGCACCCACAUCAUCAUCGCCACAACUCCCAUCACCGCCAGCGCGGACAUUAUACAACGUCGCCGAGAUGUUCGUCUUCAGCUACGGCGUAGUAGUCUUCUGGAACUUCACCGAGCGACAAGAGAAAGACCUACUCGCAGACCUAGUAUUCGCCACAUCCUCCGCAACGGGAAUCCCCAUCCCGCUCGCGACAAUGCCCCUCGACGAAGAGGACUUUGAGACCGAGGAGUUCCACUUUGAGUACUCGACUGAGAUCUCCCGCCCGCGUGUAUACAACGACAUGAUCACCCUUCGCAGUGGAGACCACAUGAUCAAGCUGGCUAUCAGUCACGGCAUCGCGCAGAGCACGAAGCUGUGCUUCUUCGAGGAGGUCAUGGCUCGCCAGAUGGAUGAUGCGAAGGAUGUGCCACGCCGCCUGGCCAUGUCAGGGAAGCUGGGAAUGAAGCGCGAGGAGGUUUUCCGGAUUUUGGGGAGAUUGUUUAAGAGUCGUGUUGAGGUGAAUCUUUCAUCCAACAUGCUCGACGUCCCCAAUUUCUUCUGGGAAAGUGAACCAACCCUGUAUCCGCUCUACAUCGCCGUGCGCGAGUAUCUCGAGAUCAAACCCCGCAUCCAAGUCCUAAAUGAACGCUGCCGCGUAUUCCUAGAUCUCGCAGAGAUCCUAUCCGACUCGAUAGCAGACAGCCGCACUUCCUAUCAAACGUGGAUUAUCAUCGUCCUAAUCCUCAUCUCCAUCAUCGUCACAGUCUCUGAAGUCUUCCUUCGCUUCGGUCUUCUUCACACCCGAGAAGGCGCGGCUCAUAUCCUUGGCCGCGCUAUGGGUCGCUCCUCUUUGCCUGUUGCCUCUCCGUCGGAGUGGAUGUCUUCCUCUUCUGCUAAUAUCCCGCCGGGCUGUGUGUGUCCUUCUCUUCCGCCGGGAGCGCAAGGGCCGGAGGGUCUCAGUCAGAUGAUUGGUUAA